AUGAGCUCAAGACCCGAGUUGAAAUUCUCAGAUACCACUGAUGAACGUUCCUUCUAUAAGAAAUUCCAAAAACUACCAGCACGUCCUGAAAAUACCCUCAGAGUAGUUGAUAAAAAUGAUUACUAUACAGUCUUGGGUGAAGAUGCAACUUUCGUUGCAGAAAACAUUUAUAAAACAAACUCAGUGAUAAAAGAAGCUAAUGGAGUCUCAUACGUGACACUAUCUCCAGCAGUGAUGUCCAACUUAUUACAGUUGUCGUUAUUUGAAAAAGGUGCCAAAGUUGAAAUUUAUGAUAAAAAUUGGGAAUUGAUUAAGUUUGCAAGUCCUGGGAAUAUUGAAAAUGUUGAAGAAUUGAUAAAUAUUUCAGAAUUGGGUGGGAGCGCUUUAGUCGUUGUUGCCUUGAAGAUUGUUAAUAAAUCAGAUUCGAAAACUAUUGGGUUUUGCUUUAUCGAUACAAAUGGUAAAGAGAUUGGAGUUUCUGAAUUUAUUGAUAAUGAAUUAUAUUCAAAUUUAGAAAGUUUAUUAAUUCAAAUCGAUGCCAAAGAAUGUAUUAUCCAAUCACCAACAAAUACAAAUGAUCCUGAUUAUACUAAACUUAUUGGUGUUAUUGAUCGUUGUGGUUGUGUUGUUACUGAAUUGAAAAAUAAUGAUUUUAAUAGUAAAGAUAUUGAACAAGAUUUAACAAGAUUAUUAGGUGAUGAAUUAGCUCUUUCAAUCGGUGAUGUGGCAACUUCAAGUGCUGGUUUAAGUUCUGCAUCUGCUAUUUUAAAUUAUUUAGGAUUAUUAACUGAUGAUUCAAAUUUUGGUCAAUUUAAAUUGAAAAAUCAUGUUUUAAAUCAAUUCAUGAAAUUAGAUUCAGCUGCUGUUAAAUCAUUAAAUUUGUUCCCAACUUCCAAAACUACAAAUGGCUCAAAAAAUUCAAAUAUAUAUGAUUUGUUAAAUUAUUGUAAAAGUGUUGGAGGUUCAAGAUUAUUAAAUCAAUGGAUAAAGCAACCUUUAAUUGAAUUAGAUGACAUAUUGGCUCGUCAUCAAUUAGUGGAAAUGUUGGUUGAAGAUACCCAAUUAAGAAGCACGUUACAAGAUGAUUUAUUGAUUUCAAUUCCUGAUAUUCGUAAAUUGAAUAAAAAAUUAACAAAAUCAACUUAUGCAAAUUUAGAAGAUGUUGUUAGAAUUUAUCAAUUUUUAAUUAAAGUUCCUGAUAUUUUGGAUCAAUUAGAAUCAAAAUAUAAUGAAGCUGAUGAUGAAUUGAAAAUUUUACUCGAUGUUAAUUGGAUCUCACCAAUAAAAGAACUAUCAACACCUUUAUUAAAAUUACAAGAAUUAGUGGAAACAACAGUGGAUUUAGAAAGUUUAGAUCGUCAUGAAUUUGUUAUUAAACCGGAUUAUGAUGAAAAAUUAUUACAAUAUAGAGCAAGAUUAGAUGAAAUUCAACAACAAUUGAAAGAAAUUCAUUUACAAGUUGCAGAUGAUUUAGGCCUUGAUGCUGAAAAAAAAUUAAAAUUAGAAUUAAAUUCAAAUCAUGGUUGGUGUAUGCGUGUUACACGUAAUGAGGAAAGAGCAAUUAGGGAUAAGAAUUAUUUAAAACAAUUACAAACUGUUAAAGCUGGUGUUUUCUUCACAACUGAUAAAAUGUCUGAAAUUUCAUUGGAAAGUUCACAGAUUCAAAAUAAAUAUAAUAAACAACAAUCAUCAUUAGUUAAAGAAAUCAUAUCAAUCACAUCAACUUAUUCACCAGUCUUGGAGAAAUUAUCAUUAAUUUUGGCUCAUCUUGAUGUUAUUGUUUCAUUUGCUCACGUUUCAGCUUAUGCCCCAGUUCCAUACGUUAGACCAACAAUGCAUCCAUUAUAUGAUCCAAAUGGGAAAACUAUAGUGAAGGAGGCAAGACACCCAUGUGUGGAAGUACAAGAUGGUGUUACAUUCAUUGCAAAUGAUGUGGAAUUUAUUAAAAAUCAAGUUGAGUUUUUAAUAAUUACAGGUCCAAAUAUGGGUGGUAAAUCUACAUAUAUUCGUCAAAUUGGUACUAUUGCAUUAAUGGCCCAAAUUGGUUGUUUUGUCCCUGCAACUGAAGCUGAAUUAUGUGUUUUCGAUGCCAUAUUGGCAAGAGUUGGUGCUGGAGAUUCUCAAUUGAAAGGUGUUUCAACAUUCAUGGUUGAAAUGUUGGAAACUGCAUCUAUUUUGAAAACUGCAACUUCAAAUUCUUUAAUCAUUAUUGAUGAAUUGGGGAGAGGUACAAGUACUUAUGAUGGGUUUGGUUUAGCUUGGGCAAUUUCAGAUUUUAUUGCUGCAAAAGUUCAUUGUUUUACAAUGUUUGCAACUCAUUUCCAUGAAUUGACUAAAUUAUCUGAAAAAUUAAAUACUGUUAAGAAUUUACACGUUGUUGCUCAUGUGGAAAAUAAUUCAAAUACUGCACAAGAUAUUACAUUAUUAUAUAAAGUGGAACCAGGUAUUUCUGAUCAAUCAUUUGGUAUUCAUGUUGCUGAAGUUGUUAAAUUUCCUCAAAAAAUCGUCUCGAUGGCGAAAAGAAAAGCUGCAGAAUUGGAAGAAUAUAAUGAUAAUAAAGAAGAUCCUUAUGUUGCUGAUAAAAGAUCAAAAUGUACAAAUGAAGAAGUUGCACAUGGUUCUGAAUUAUUAAAGAAAAUUUUAAAAGAAUGGAGAACUUCUGUUGAUUUUGAUAAAGUUUCAAGUACAGAAGCUGUGGAGAAAUUGAAAGAAUUGGUUAAUGGCCAAUAUAAAGAUGAUGUUAUGAAUUCAAAAUAUAUUCAAGAAGUUUUGUCAUUAUGA